CCGAACCAUGCCCUCUGACUUUCUAACACCUUUUCUGGAACUGGAUGAGGAGUUCUGCAAGAAUUUCCGCGCCCUGGAGGUGACAGAUGGUCCGUCUACAGGCUCGCAGCAGCAGCGACAGCAGAGAGUCCUGGGCUUCCAGCGUCGCCAUUCCCUCUGCCCUGUCACACUCCCCAACUCCAAGUUCAACAGCAGCAGCUCCGAGGUGACUGACCCAGCCCUCUGGGGGUUCAGCAUGGCCUCCAACCAGCAGUGGAAGCAGGAGCUUCCCCGCUCUGCCCUCAACCACAUCCCCUUCAGAGUGGACCGCUCAGUCAGCAUGAUAGAGGGGAAUGUUGGCGGCCUAGCAGGCAGAGAGGACAAGGUGGGUAACAUGUCUCCAUCCGUGCUGCUCCCUCCGCCCGGCCUCAGCAUCAGCAACAGCUCCCUCUCCUCUAUCCCAUCAUCUUCUGCAUCCAAACCUCCGUCCCCAUCUCCUCCCAUCUCCACCCGCUACAAAACCGAACUGUGCCGCACCUAUGAGGAAAGCGGGGCCUGCAAGUACGGCGCCAAGUGUCAGUUCGCCCACGGCUUGGACGAACUGCGAGGCCUCAGCAGGCACCCUAAGUACAAGACGGAGCCCUGCCGCACUUUCCACACCAUCGGCUUCUGCCCUUACGGAGCCCGCUGCCAUUUCAUCCACAACGCCGAUGAGCUGCACGGCAACGCCGCCGGUGCUGCUGCUGCUCCACCACAGAAGCAGAAGAUGAGGCCUCCUCUGCUUCGCCACAGCAUCAGCUUCGCAGGGUUCUCCUCCCCGCAGACUUUCCAGCCGGUCCAGGAGACGCAGCCUUCCUCCCUGGUCUUCACUCGGGCUUCCUCCGUCUCCCCUCCACCUUCCUCCACGGGGAGCCCAGAGCUCCUCUCCCCUCUCUUCCCAGAGCCUGGCCAGCUGAAGCACUGCCCGUACCCUUUCUCCGGCGUCACCGACCUCACCAGCGAUGGCAGCGACACCACCCUGCGCUUCUAUGCUGUAACUGACUCAGUCAGCCCGAGGUGUCCCAUCACCUCCACUUUCACCUCCAAACACCCAAACCUCCCCCAGCAGAUGCCACUGUCCCUCGGCGGGCUGCCCGGCCUCCAGCGCUGCUCCUCAGCCGACUCCCUCUCAGAGGAGGGCUACACCUCCUCCUGCUCCCUCAGCUCCUCCAGUGGCUCGGAGUCGCCGAGCUUUGAGGGCCGACGCCUGCCCAUCUUUAGCAGCCUGUCUGUCUCAGACGAGUAG